AUGCCUCUUUCUGGAAGCUGCAUGUGCGGAGCCAUCGCAUACAAGAGCACAAGUGACCCUGCUGUUACUGCUCUUUGCCACUGCGUCGAUUGCCAAAAGUGGACCGGCGGCCCCUACACCACCAACGCCGUCGUCCCCGAAGACUCAUUCAGCGUCACCAAGGGAACCCCCAAGCACUGUGACAUAACUGGCGCUUCUGGAAAGAACAACCGCCACUUCUUCUGCCCCGACUGCGGCUCUAGCCUGUACACCCGCCUCGACGUCAUGCCCGGCAACAUCGUCAUCAAGGCCGGUGGUCUCGACGAGGGCAAGACGAAUCUCAACAACAAGAUCGACGUCGAGUUUUACUGCCGCGACCGGGUUGACUUUGUGAAGCCCAUCGAGGGCGCCAAGCAGGAGCAUCUGUUUGGUUAA